AUGGAGCGCGAGUGGGAAACUUGGGCGGAAUGGGGGAGAAAAUAUGGAGGUACCUCUUCCGUGACGAUAUUGGGACAGACCAUCAUCGUGUUGAACUCGUAUACAUUUGCCAAAGAACUCCUAGAUAAUCGUUCAGCCAAUUAUUCGGACAGGCCCUAUAUGACCAUGCCCAUUCUCUGUGGUUGGGGAGAUUCCGUGGUAAUAUUGAGUUACGGGCCAGCCUUCCGCAUCCAGAGGAAGCUCUUCCAUAAAACGAUGGGGAAUCUGGAGAACCUGCGGCAGUUUUAUCAUAUCGAGGAAGGGCAAAGUCAAGAAUUCUUAAAGAAAAUUCUAGCCGAUCCUGAACACUUUGUAGACAAUGUUGCAUCUGUCGUCCUUCGAAUUGCCUAUGGUUACGCCCUAGGUAACGACGACCGCCUACUUGUAGAGUGUAAGCAAGUAACGGAAGACUUCAUUCAAAUGACCAAGUUUCUUGUGAACAAACUGCCCUUUUUACGACAUAUCCCGGAAUGGAUGCCGGGAGCAGGAUUCAAAAUUCGAGCCAAAGAAUGGAAGCGAAAUGUACAGGAUAUAACCAACGAGCCUUUCGAAUGGGUGAAGGAACAAAUGGCCGGGGGGAUCGCAGAGCCGUCGUUCGUAUCUUCACAACUCGAAGACGGCGAGGAUGAGAAUGCCAUCAAAUAUGCCGCGGUUACAAUGUACGCAGCCGGAUUUGACACUACAGUCGUCACAACCAAGGUGUUCUUCAAAACGAUGGCUUUGUUCCCUGAGGUCCAAGUGCGCAUUCAAGCUGAAAUCGACUCAGUAACGGGAGGCGACCGCCUGCCCACUCUCGCCGAUCGCGACAAGGGACUGCUUCCGUACACGGUCGCCACGCUCUACGAAGUUCUCAGGUGGCACUUGCCUCUUACUAUUGGAUUCCCACAUCGGGCACUGGAAGACGAUACGUACAGGGGUUACUUCAUCCCUAAAGGAUCUAUCGUGGCUUUCAGUUCAUGGCAAAUGUGUCGUGAUCCCGACCUAUACCCUGACCCCGAGGUGUUUGACCCCACGCGAUUUUUGGGCACUUCUCCUCAACUCGAUCCCCGAGAGCUGGUGUUUGGCUUCGGUCGGCGCAUCUGUCCAGGUCGUUUCUUAGCAGAAGCUUCUGUGUUUGUAAUUAUGGCGAGGGUUCUCGCCGUUUUCGACAUCGUGAACGCCGUUAGUGUAGACGGCGUUCCAUUGAAGCCUAGUCCAGUUCAGCUGACCGGUACAGUAAGGUGA